AUGAGCGCCCUUAAUCACAACGACGACAGAGAGCAUAAACAAGAAGUCCGAAGAGGCUAACAGACAGCUUGUGUGCUAUUGUCGCUUUAUUCCGUUAAUUCACUGUGGAUAAUCUGUGAGACCAACACAAGAAGUCAAAAUGGGAAAGCGACAACACCAGAAAGACAAAAUGUACAUCACAUGUACAGAAUACACCCACUUUUAUGGAGGGAAGCGGGCAGAAAUCCCACAGGCAAACUUCAGACGACUCCCGUUCGACCACUGCAGCUUGUCUCUUCAGCCGUUUGAGUAUCCUGUCUGCACCGAGGACGGCGUCGUCUUUGAUCUGCUGAGCAUCGUUCCGUGGAUUAAGAAGUACGGCACCAAUCCGAUCUCUGGAGAGAAACUGGAGGCGAAGGCCCUCAUCAAGCUGAACAUCGCCAAGAACAACGACGGAAAGUAUCACUGCCCCGUUCUCUACAACGUCUUCACAAAUAAUUCUCACAUCGUUGCCAACAAGGUCACCGGGAAUGUGUUUUCUUACGAGGCUGUUGAGCAGCUCAACAUUAAGACCAAGAGUUUUAAGGAUCUGCUGACUGAUGAACCCUUCACCAGAAAGGAUCUCAUCACGCUCCAGGACCCCACAAACCUCGACAAAUUCAAUGUUUCAAACUUCUUCCAUGUAAAAAACAACCUGAAAGUGUUGGAUCCAGAUGAGGAAAAGGCCAAACAAGACCCGGCCUACCACCUGAAGACCACCAAUCUGGAGACCAGGGAGACUUUAGCUGAGCUCUACAAAGACUACAAAGGGGAUGAGCUGCUGGCGUCCACCAUGAAGGAGCCACAGGCCAAGAAGACGGACAAACUGAACGCUGCUCACUACUCCACAGGAAGAGUUUCCGCCUCCUUCACAUCCACGGCCAUGACUCCUUCAACGACACAUGAAGCAGAUGCCAUCUCAGACGACACGGUGCGCUACCGGUACGUGAAGAAGAAAGGAUACGUCCGUCUGCACACCAACAAGGGAGAUCUGAAUCUGGAGCUGCAGUGCGAUAAGGUUCCCAAAGCUGGUGAGAAUUUCAUCCGUCUGUGUAAAAAAGGCUACUACAACGGGACCGUCUUCCACAGGUCCAUCCGGAAUUUCAUGAUUCAAGGAGGAGACCCCACAGGCACCGGCACAGGUGGUGAAUCUUUCUGGGGGAAACCUUUCAAGGAUGAGUUUCGACCAAACUUAUCUCACACCGGCCGGGGGGUUCUCAGCAUGGCCAACUCGGGUCCAAACACCAACAAGUCUCAGUUCUUCAUCACAUUCCGGUCUUGCACCUACCUCGACAGGAAGCACACAGUGUUUGGCAGGGUUGUCGGUGGAUUCGAGACCCUCACAGCUAUGGAGAAUGUGGAAAGUGAUCCAAAAACAGACAAACCAAAGUCGGAGAUCAAGAUCAUCAGUACGACUGUGUUUGUGGACCCGUACGAAGAGGCUGAUGCUGAGAUUGCAGCGGAGCGAGAAAAGGAGCUUCAGAAGCAGGAGGAGGAGAAGCAGCAAUCCAGCAUCGCCCUGAAGAAAGCCAAGGAGGACCAGGCGCCAAAGACCUUCAAAGAAGGCAUUGGGAAAUACAUCAAACCCCUCCACAAUGUAAGGACACAACUUGAAAUACUAAAUAACUGCUUUUAAUGUUGAAGUGACUCAUCCAUUGGGCACCACUGUGCUGUAUGUAACAGCUGCACAAACCUGAAUAUUUACUCCACUCUGUUGGCAGAAUUUGGAUUAAAAAGUAGGAAAGUUUACUGCAUAUUUUCUCCCAUUCUGAUGGUAGCGACUUGUGAAAAAGGACAGUAAUGAAUGGAUGAUAAACAUGAUUGCGUAGCGACAUAGCACCGCAGAAUGGGGUCCAAGCCUAAUGUGAAAAACUGCCAAUUAUGGAGAAGAUUACCAGUUCUCCCCCAUGGGGAUAAUUCAGGUUUAUUAUCCGGAGCAUAUUUUUGCUGAGUUUUAGGUACAUGGUGUUGUAUUAUGUGACAUUUCACUUCACUUUCUCUUGUUUUGGGAUAAUAUUCAGAAUGAUCUUGCACCUUAUAGCUGAAUUUUAUCGCUCAGAAGAGAUCAGAACAGUAGAUUUUUUGUACUUCUGCACCAAUAAAUUUAGCCACGUAGAGGUUUUUAUGGUGGUUUUAUGUUUAAAUUCAUUUAUGAUGUUCACUUUACACACCGUAUGAACCCUGUAGCGAUUGUGGAGAUACUGAAAUUACUGUCAUUGUCCAAAAUUCGGGUGCAUUAGCUGAACUGGAGAUAUUGUACUUUGGCUAAAGGGUGUGUUCAGAAAUGAUGAUGAGACUCUUGAUGAGUUACCCAACAUCAUCCUGCUCCUGUCAUCACAUCAUUUCAUUUCAUUUUGCAGAACAUGUCAGUAUUAAUGGUUUAAAUUACAGUCUGUUCAUUUUCCAGGACAGUUUAAUGUAACUCUGGCAUGUUUGAUUUUUCAGCAGAUAUUAAUGGUCCUUUAAUGGGCCAGCUUUUUCAUUUGUAGACUUCCAAGACGAUGACUGUUAUGUACUUCUAAAAUUGACUCACAAUGCUAGAAACAUGUUUUGGCACGAACUUAAAGCAUUAAGUAUAGUCUGGACCAUUUAUUCUGCUUAAUUGUGACUCAACAUGACUUUUAUUCUUCUCUCUACAUCAAAUAAGGGUUUUAUAUUUGCCCUAAUCCCCAACUCUUCAGCUCUUCAGACCAGUUUUAGAUCAAUGUUUUGGUUUCCCAGCUGCACAUUAACUCCUUUGUUGUGUCUCGCUGCUCUUUUCCAAACCCCUCUCUCAUAUAUAGUAAAACUUUAAGCAGCUCUUCACAUCAAACAGAUGGAGCAGUAUUCACCGCUUAACAACAAACAGCUGAGAGAAAAAGUCAGUGAGUGUCUUUAGCUGCCUGAUGUUUGUUCUGUAGGAAGAGUUUGUGUACAGGCUGACUUUGAUCAUUCAUUUCGAAGACCUCCACCUUCCAAAACCUUAAAAAUACUAAAAUACCCAAAAUCAUGAAGCCCUUCAAAACUUCCAUAAAUUACAAGAUAUCCAAACUAUCAAGACCUUCAAAACUUCAAGGACCUCAAAUCUCAAAAACCUUUAAGAAAUUAAAAACUUUCAAAGAUUAAAGACUUCCAAAGCUUUCCAGACCUGAAAAUCUUCCAGUCCUCCAAAACUUCCAGAAUCAUAGUUGUCCACAACCCUUAAGACCUCAGAAACCUUGAAAUUUAAAAAACUUCCAAGACCACAAAAUGCUGACCAGCCUGUAAGACCUUGAAUACCUUCAAGACUCAGCUUCCUUUAAAACCUCAAAAAUGUGAAAUCUCAAAAACUCUCAUGUCCUUAAAAACGUUUAAACCUGAAAGAUUAAAGACCUCAAAAUCUAAAACACCUGAAAGUCUUCGACAUUGGUGCUGUUUUUAAAAAGUUAAUUUUUCAAAUCUUUAGGAUCUCAAAAGCCAAGAACCAUGGAACAUCCAAAGCCUUUGAAAUUUACAAAACUUUCAAGACCCCAAGAACCUUAGAAAUUUCAAGACUUCAAAAGCCCAAGGACUUCCAAAUUUUGCAGACCUGAAAAAACUAAAAGACUUGCAGACAAUACACCAACUCAGAAAUUUUGAAGACCUCCAAAACCUUCAAACCACAAACACUUUCAAGAUGUUGAAGUCCUUAAAGUCCUUAAAACAUGUCUAGGACUACCAAAAUUUUCAAGGCUUGAAAAAAAUGUAAAACCUCCAAACUUUAAAGUCUCAAAAUCCUAACCCCAAGAACUACAAGAAGUCCUCACAGUCUUCCAAAAACUGCAAGAAUUUUGAAGACCUCCCAAAUCCAAAUUGUCAAAACCUUCAACACUCCAUCUUCUCCAGUGUGACAAUAUAGGAACUUUAGAGUUUAAACUGCUGGUUAAAACAAUGAGGACAUUUGAAAACUUCUCCUGGGAUGUUUUAAACACCAAUAAUUAAUCAAAAUAUUUAUACUAUGUUGACGUCUUCCUUGUUCUCCAGGAAACGUUCAGCGGCUGAAGACGACAGCGGUCCAUCCACCAGUGGAGCAGCAGCCAAGAAGUCCAAAGGGAAGACGAGCUUUGGAGACUUCAGCUCCUGGUAGCACCGACAGAUGCAGCUUCCACCAGUUUGAACUUUAACUGAUCAACCUGAGCGCAAACAGAAUUAAUUUCAUUCAUACGUUAGGUUUUUAUAUCAACUGUCAUCUCCCAAUAGUGUUUCUUGCAUCCUGUGAAUCUAAUCUAUUAAAGCUACAUUUUUUUCAUAGAUAAA